UGUUGUGAUUAUUCGCUUCAGAAACAUGUCUGCCUCCAUGGUGAGGGCGACCGUCCGAGCGGUCAGCAAGAGGAAGUUACUGGCGACCAGAGCCGCUCUCACACUGACUCCAGCAGCUGUGAACAAGAUCAGAGUGUUGCUGCAGGACAAGCCGGAAUAUAUCGGUUUGAAGGUUGGAGUGAGAACUCGUGGUUGCAAUGGACUGACGUACACACUGGAUUACACCAAGGAGAAAGCCAAGUCUGAUGAGGAAGUGCAGCAGGAUGGAGUGACGGUGUUCAUAGAGAAGAAGGCCCAGCUGACCCUCCUGGGAACUGAGAUGGACUUUGUCAAUUCAAAGCUGUCCAGUGAAUUUGUCUUCAACAAUCCUAACAUCAAGGGCACGUGUGGCUGUGGAGAGAGUUUCAACAUGUGAGCCUCCGUCCUCCAUGACCAACCCUGCUCCAAAGCUUGUCCCAUCGGAAAUAAAGACCGAGAGACUGAAUGUUGACAAGGAAGUUAGAAACGAGGAAAUCGUUUGAGAUGCGGACGUCUCCUUUCCUGCCUCCUCUCCUGCAGCCCACACACUGGUUUGAAGCCCAUGUAUGCAUAUCUACGAUCAAAGGAAGGUUUCAACACAAUAUGUGUUGUAAAAAAACACCUCAGCAUAACAGAUUUUAGUUUCAGAAACCUUUUGAUGUCAGUAUUUUAGUUCUUGGAUCUGCAUUUAAAAAUCACCCCAUAGGAGGACCUGAAAACAAGGUGUUUUUAUAUUUAGUGACUUUUUGCCAUUUCACACUUAUACGUACAUUAUUUAAUGGGUAGAUCUCAGCGUGACUUGUAUGCAGGAGGAAAUGCUCACUGAUGUGAAGAGAGAGGUUUAACUUGAUAAAUCUGAAAGGAUUAACCAUGAUACUAUUAAAGGAGACAUAUUAUGCUUUUAUAAGUUUAUCUUUCCACAAGUGUGUUCAGGCAGGAGUUAUGUAAAAGUUUUGUACACCCAGCUUACCCAACCAGGUAGAAGGAGACAAAACGCAUUUCUUACUCACUGGAGGUUGUUGACCAAUCAGAGCAGACCUGGCUUUAUCUGGAGGGGGGCCUUAAAGUGACAGAAGCUAAAAGUUUUUGAGACAGAGGCUGAAAAGAGGAGCUGCAGCAAUGGAAAGGAUGAGGACAGUGAUGGGUUCUCUCAACCUUAGAGUGUAUAGACCAUUUCAAGAAAUAAAUUUAAAUCACAAACGUAAACUUCAGCAUAAUAUGUCUCCGUUAAGUUGAACCCGAACCACCAAAAUCAGCUGUUUGAUAAACAGCUCGCUAACCACCGGCGUGAGAAGGCGAGCCACUCUUCAGUGUCUCGUCCCAGCAGAAUGCAAACAUGGAGUUUGAGUGUCUUGAAACUGCUUUUCAGUUUGUAUAGUAUUUGAAAUGUCUAAGUAUCUAUUUAUUUCUAUGUCAAGAAUGUAAAUCUCCCUUGAACCACACAAACACGCACACAAGAAAAUGUAACGCACAAAACAUGUAACCCUCAAAUACGAGGUUCCUUUUUGCUUGAAUAAAGCUUGGAACUUGUGACAGUGUAUAAUUUGCAAUAGGUCUGUAAAUAUGAAAUAAUAAAAGGCUAAAUUCUG